AUGGACGAAAGCUUUAUUCGCAUACCGGAUGACAUGACCAUUCCCUAUAUUGAUAAAGGUAAGUCAAAAGAUGCGUUGAUUGACGCAAUCUUUCCAUCUCUGCAAAUCAACGAAGCUGAUUUGGAUUAUAUCAUUUUGAGGGCGAUAUUAUCAACUAAAAAUAAGCAUGUCGAUGAGAUUAAGGAUCAGUUGAUCGACAAGAUUUCUGGAGAUGAAAAAAUAUACUACAGCUUCGAUGAAGCAAAAGAUGAUAAGAACAACAUCUAUCCGUUGGAGUUCUUAAACUUUUUAACUAUUAGUGGUUUGCCUCCUCAUUAUCUUCGUCUCAAAAUUGGAUGCCCAAUAAUACUGUUACAAAAUAUCGAUCCCUUGAAUGGAUUGUAUAAUGGCAGUAGAUUGAUAUGCAGAGGCUUUCAACAAAACGUCAUCGAUGCAGAAAUAGUUGUUGGUUAG